UAAAGCAUUGUGCUAUUUAUUUAACACUGUUAAGAAAACUUGAGGAAUAUAUCAUCUCUGAUAUAUGUAAGAUUUGUUACUAAAAAGUUGUUAUGUGAAAGUUGAUCUUGCAACUUUAUAUUAAGGUUUCAUAUUCUCUGCCCACCCCGGACGUAUCAACUGGCGCAGCGUUAUGAUGGGUUUGCUUCUUCAGUUCAUAUUCGGAGUAAUUUUCAUCAGGUGGAGUCCUGGACGACUCGCUUUACAAUGCUUCUCAGAUAAGGUGGCGACAUUCUUGAUGUAUGGUGUUGAUGGGGCUGCGUUUGCGUUUGGAGAUUUGCUAGUGCGGACAGAAGGAGUGUUCGCAUUUAGUACUCUACCAGUGAUAUUCUUCUUUAGUAUGCUGGUUGAAGUUCUGUUCUUCUGGGGCGCUUUGCAAUGGUUCUGCCUGAAAUUAGGCCAGCUCCUGCGCUCUGCCACGUCCACCACUGUUUGCGAGAGCGUCAUCGCCGUUGGCAACGUGUUCCUUGGAAUGUCAGAAUCGAUAUUGCUGAUCAAGCCUUACCUCCAGCUACUGACCAUGUCGGAGCUGCACGUGGUCAUGUCCUCGGGCUUCGCCACUGUGUCUGGUACAAUACUGGCGGCAUACAUCGGAUUCGGUGCGGAGCCGGCUCACCUGGUGACAGCCAGCGUAAUGUCUGCACCCGCCGCCAUCUGCUACUCGAAGCUGCUGAUGCCUGAGACUAAACGGUCUCUUACUACCGUCGACAAUAUACAACCUGUUGUCAGUGAAGAUUUAUCCGCGCUGUCCGCCGCUACCCGUGGCGCCACCAACGGCACAUCGCUGAUCCUAAACAUCAUAGCGAACAUUAUUGCGUUCGUAGCGUUCAUUGCCUUUAUGAACGGUGUGCUGUCGUACGCGGGCGGUAUGCUCGGCCACCCAGAGCUAAACCUCGAAUGGAUACUGGGAAAGGUGUUCAUACCACUGUGCUGGGCUAUGGGGGUUCCUUGGGAGGAGUGCGAACUAGUGGGCUCCUUGAUCGGUUUGAAGACGGUGGUCAAUGAGUUCGUCGCGUAUCAGCGGAUGGGGGAGAUGAAGAAAGCCGGGUUAUUAUCGCCCCGUUCAGAGCUGAUAGCGACGUAUUCACUGUGCGGAUUCACUAACCCCGGAUCUGCAGGCAUCAUGAUCGGUGCCAUCGCAGCCAUUGCUCCGAACCAGCGGGAGAUACUCUCUAGUGUAAGAUUAUUAGAUUUUGUAUACCUAUACUUAUUUUAUAAAGGGGAAAGAUUUUAUUGUUUGACCAAUUAUAAAAAUUCUUUCACCAUCAUAUGCGGUAGACAUAGGCUUUAUUUUAUCCCGAAAAACAGCAAAUGAAGGGAUGUAAAUGG